UGAUGUAUGUGUGACAUGUUUUCUUUAUUUAUUUAUUCCAAUGAUGACGGGAGCAGCAGGGUUCUAGUGGAAUGUGGCACUACAGAAACCCCAGUCAUGUAAUAAAUCUAAAAUAAUGGAAGGUGAGAUUACCAGUGUGAGUGAGUGAUGGGCCGGAGCGUUGACAGGCUCCUCCACAAACCAACACUCGGCCCUUUGUUGUUGUUCUCACGCUAUCGUGCGAGAUCCGUGGACCCGACUCGACUGCGCGGUCGCAUUCCGCCCCGACUUCCCCUCCGCCAGCGGCCUGGUGCUUUGAGAUGAGCAGAAGAUGUCGGUGUCGGGGCUGAAGGCCGAACUGAAGUUUCUGGAGUCAAUCUUCGACCCGAACCACGAGCGAUUCAGAAUAAUAGACUGGAAACCCGACGAACUCAGCUGUCAGUUCAACGUAACCGGGGAGAAGCUGCUGAUCAUUCACUGCAACAUCACGGAAUCCUAUCCCUCAACGCCCCCAAUAUGGUUUGUUGACUCUGAUGAUCCUAGUCUGGCUGAAGUGUUGGAGCGUUUAGAGGAUGUGAGAAAAGGCAGCACAUUGCUUCUUCAGCAGUUAAAGCGCCUCAUUUGUGACCUCUGUCGGCUUUAUAACCUGCCACAACAUCCAGAUGUAGAAAUGCUCGACCAGCCUCUACCUGCUGGCCCAAUAACCCAGGAGCGAAAGCACGGGCCCCCAGACGAGGUGACAUCUGAGGAGGAAGAGGAGGAAGAAAUGGGAGAGGACAUUGACCUGGACCAAGACCUCGACCAUUAUGACAUGAAGGAGGAGCCAGUCGAUGGAAAAAAGUCUGAAGAUGAUGGGAUAGAAAAAGAAAAUCUGGCCAUUUUGGAGAAGAUUCGUAAAAACCAGAGACAGGAUCAUUUGAAUGGUGCAGUCUCUGGCUCAGUUCAAGCCUCAGACCGCUUAAUGAAGGAACUCAGGGAGAUCUACAGAUCACAGAGUUACAAGACAGGUAUUUAUUCAGUCGAACUAGUCAGUGACAGUCUUUAUGAAUGGCAUGUCAAGUUAAGGACGGUAGACCCAGAUAGUCCUUUGCAUAGUGACUUGCAGGUCUUAAAAGAAAAGGAAGGUGUGGACUAUAUUCUGCUCAAUUUCUCUUAUAAAGAUAAUUUUCCUUUUGACCCACCUUUUGUACGGGUUGUCUCGCCUGUGCUCUCUGGAGGUUAUGUUUUAGGAGGAGGGGCCUUGUGCAUGGAGCUUCUCACAAAGCAGGGCUGGAGCAGUGCCUAUUCCAUAGAGUCUGUUAUUAUGCAGAUAAAUGCAACUCUGGUAAAAGGAAAAGCCAGAGUGCAGUUUGGAGCCAAUAAGAACCAGUACAAUCUUGCAAGAGCACAACAGUCAUACAAAUCCCUUGUUCAGAUUCAUGAAAAGAACGGCUGGUACACACCACCCAAAGAGGACGGAUAAGGAGCUACCGCCACUAUGCACUGGGAACAUGUCUUUGAGUCAAAGAACCCUCAUUUUUUGGACUAUUUUCCUCCCUGUGACUUACUGGGAUUAAAUCAUCUUUUUCGUGGAAACCAUCUCAUGGCUCAUCUGUCAAGUGUUCCUUCGCCUCGCUCCGGAAAAAAGCCUGUCUUCUGGUGUCACUCUGCUUCUCCGCUCCGCUGUGUUUCUAGGGGGGGUGAUGUGACGGUAUCACUAGUCCAGUUUUCAUUUGUCCCUUAAAAUUGUUCUCCUUUCACCUGAGGGGAACUGUUUAGCUGCUUUGUCAGUUACACCUUUUUAAAUGGGCAAUUUAAAUACUGAUCCUGAAGCCCUCAAAGUAGCAGCUCACCGCCCCUGUUUUAAUGAGAUUUCUGUCUUUACACACAUUAACUGGUACAUAAAUGCAUUAUUGUUUUAGAAAUAUCAUUUGGCAGUUGUUUUUAUUAUUUGAGUAUCCUAGACAAUAAAGAUUUUAUAUUUUGGAAGCGUAUCUUUAAAUUCAGAUAAACUACCAGUUAUUCUCUUUCCUUUUAUGAUGUGUGAAGAAUAUCAGACCCGGCCGAAUCAACAAGCCGCAAUGUUGCUGAACUAAGAUCAGCUGCUGCUGAUAAAAUACACCAUUUAUUAUUAUUUAGGCAGCCAACAGAUUAGAAAUCUGCCCAGAUCUGCAUAUUAUGUAUUUUGGAAAUGUGAUACAUAUUUAUUUCUGAAGGAAAUGAUUAGUUGAGCAUUUUGGACUUUGUAACAGACCUGACGUUGAAGCUGUGCAGCUCCUUUUGCCUUAUUUCUGUUAACACAACGACCCUGCAAGUGCUGAGCUAGACUCUUUACCUUUGAGUAUCGCAGUGGAGGCCGACAGCUGGUUUGAUGCUAAGUCUCAGGUUGUGUGCGCAGAAGUGACAGCAGGAGCCUCGUCUGAACUGCUGUAAGAUUGUUGGAUGCAAUUGCAGUCACUUGGUUUAGCAGAACUGUGCUGGAAUGAGCCUUGGAGGGGAAUUCAGAGAAGGCUAUGUCGUGUUUUUUUGUAUUGGUUUUGCAUCUUUCUGCCCAGUUCCGCAGCGCAUUCAUCCCAUUCCCCGGCAUACACUGAUUGUAGUCGUCUCCCCAAGCGAGGCCGUUCCCCGUCACGUGGCGUUCCGAGAAGCUCGAUCCAUCCCCUCUCCGCUACGUCAGCAGAUAAUGUUGGUGUCUGCUGGGCUUCCUUUGCCACCACAUUGUUGUGUGAUCAGAACCCACCCUGAAACAUAGAGUACCUGUAUGAACCUGUAUAUUUAAACUUUAACCUUGCAAUAUGAUGUAGUACACUGAGUACUGCUGUUGCCCAUAGACACACACUGUAUCAAUCUGUUGGCUCUUUUGCAGUUUAAUUGUUAACACUGUCUGCAAAAGUAUUUUUUGAAUGGCAACUCAGGUAACAAACUAUACUUUGGAAGGGAAUCUGCAUCCAUUGGUUUUGAGUUGUUUUCUUGAAUUGAAUGACCACCCCAGCUACUGGCUCAUUAGCUUUGGCCUCUCAAGUAGUGAGUUAGUGUGUGAUCUCUGAAUAUUCCUGAUAAACGUGUUUGCACAGCUGGCAACAAUGUGCCUGGAGACCUCCAUUAGAGCAGCGAACACAUCAUGAGCAUAAUAGUCUCAAGUCAGAUUAAAGUGUUUGCUCUCCUCUCAACGAACCACUCUACGAACCAUUCUGCUUUAUCUGAGGGUGGAGGAUUUACCAGGUGUCAUCAACAAACUAUGUUCUCAGAGGCAGCACAGUAUAGAUGCAGCAUACACUAUACGAGUACAGCGUCUCUGCCCCAGACUCAAACCUCUGCCUGGAGGCAAGUUCGGGUUCAUUUGACUUUAGAAGUCAUGCUGUGGUGAUGAGACUUGCACGUUUCUCAAACUGGACUGUGUGUUUUCAAAGUUGAUCUCAGCUGUCGGUUCACCUUCCGGCACCAACAACCCGGUGAUAAAAUCUGGAAGUCUGGCACCACUGGCUGACUUUGAGUUUUCAUUUUACAUUUGAGGAAAUUUUGACCAUGUACAGUAAUUUGUAAACUUGCAUCAAGUUUAUGAAUAAAGAAUUUUACUAUUA